UGUCUCACUCGAGGAGUUUAAUUUCAGAAGUUCUAUCAUCAAACGAAAUGCUGUGAAAGUCACGUUUUAUUAUCCCGGUUUUGUUUCUGAGAUCUCGUUCUUUAUUAACUGAUGAGAUUAAUCUGUUGUGUUAAACGCUUCUCUCGCUCGAAGAAGAAGAAACUCCAUCAUAUCAACUAUAUAAACGUAAACACGCCCAAAGCUGCUGAAUAAAUCAUAAAAGGGUGAAAUGAUUUAAUGCUCGAAAUCUUUAAGUGACUUUGAUGACACGAUGACGUAAUUCUGUUCUAGUGUAGAGUUAAUACAGAAAUAAACGUUUUAUUUUAAUUCAAAUUCGAUAAAGAGCGGGAAGAGCAAACAAAGGAAACUGAAUCGCUUGUGGGAGGGUCACCUUCAAACACGAAACUGUGGGCGGGAAACACUUUCAUUGGCUCUCUAUCCGACCCGUCAAACUAUGAUCUGACCAAUAAACACAUUUUAUGGGUUCGGCCUACGAAGACACGCAAUCACACAACAGGCUCCGUGACGCUAAACAUUUGCAUGUGAGAGUGAAUAAAUACCACAGCGACGAGACUCUUCAACAUUCAGCAUCUACUCAUCCGUGAAGAAGCAUCAUGCCUGAACCAGCCAAACCCGCGCCCAAGAAGGGCUCUAAGAAGGCCGUCACCAAGACCGCCGUUAAGGGAGGAAAGAAGCGCAGAAAGUCCAGGAAGGAGAGUUACGCCAUCUACGUGUACAAAGUGCUCAAGCAGGUCCACCCCGACACCGGCAUCUCUUCCAAGGCGAUGGGCAUCAUGAACUCUUUCGUCAACGACAUCUUCGAGCGCAUCGCCGGUGAGUCGUCUCGUCUCGCGCACUACAACAAGCGCUCCACCAUCACGUCGAGAGAGAUCCAGACCGCCGUGCGUCUGCUGCUGCCCGGUGAACUCGCCAAACACGCCGUGUCCGAGGGCACCAAAGCCGUCACCAAGUACACCAGCUCCAAGUAAAGCGCCGCUUUCAUCCGCCGCACACAAAGGCUCUUUUAAGAGCCACACACUUAUUCCUUUAAAAGAGAUUCUUAUGUUUGUAAGCAUUUACUGUGUUUGUCUAUUAUGAUUUAAAUUAUGACGCGAUAUACGGCGUUUAAAAUGGCAACAAAUCGUUUUCUCAUAAAUAACAUGUUUUAAAGUAAAUAUAAAUGUAAAGGUCUGACUUUAGUUAUUGUUGCACGAUUAUCGCAGAAGGUGGCGGUAUUGUACCGGAUAUAAACUAUCAGAGUUCGGUCUUCAGCUGCUUUAAGGCUGAAAUACACUACAAGACUUUUGAUCAGUUUUCAGUCUGGACUUGUUACAGAAAGUCUGUGUCAGUCUGCAGAUUUGAUCAGUUUGUGUGUUUUUAUCUUAAACUUUAAUAAAGUCUGAAAGUGUUUGAUGUCUAGUUGAGAUUCUUGUAGUGUUUUACAGACAUAGAGGUGUUUUAUCAUCACACACAUUCAUGUCAUCUAUAGUAUUUAUGAUCAAGAUCUCUCUUCACUGCUCUUGUGUUUGAUCUUCAUACAGAACUGACUCUUAUUCUAUAGAUCUAUGAAGUGUAAAUGUGACAUAGUGAGAUGAUUUCAUAUGAAAAAUUGAAUGUCAAAUAUGUUUACAUUUGAUGGUUUUCCCUUCGAUAAAAUAGCCAUGGUUGAUUUUCAUAAGGAGAUAAUUUGUGUGACAAAGUUAUUAAAAAUGUUAUAAUUAAUGUUGGUGCAUUACGGGCACUAAUGUAAAACUUACUGCAGUAAAACACAAUUAGAAGUCUUUAAAAGUCAAAUCUAUACAUUGUUUUGACUUGCAGAUAAUCUUGAUAAAAUGUAUUUAAUUUAAAGAUGGUUUGAAGAUGUCUUUAUAGAUAGAUACCACUGAUAAAUUGACAAACAAUUGUUCAACUUCAAAUAAACUAAAUAUGUGUUAUUUUAAUAAGAUUUUAUCUCAAAACUUAAUGAGCAACUUGAUGACCAACUUCACUGGUUUUGCAGAUAUUAAAUACAGUGAUAAGUCCAGCUACUCUUUCACUGAAAAUAUGAGAGAUAAUCCUGACAGAAAGACAAUUAUAUAUUCAGUUUAGUUGUUAUGUUUUAUUUAAUUUACAUUGGUGAGAGUUGAGAUUCUGGCAAACACAAAGCGUUCAUGUAUCAUUAGUAUAGUGACUAACACAA